UUUUCAGAUCUAAAACUACUAGAUACAUGGAAUUGACUUGAAGACUAGAAGAAGAGUUGUGCCAGACGGCCUUGACUCAAUUAAAAUCCAUACAGAAACAUACGAGGGUUCACAUGACAACUUACAAGAUCAUCUUAUACUUGACCACUACUUCAACAGAAUAAUCUUCGGCAUUAACGACACCAUCCAAACAAAAGCAUGUUAUGCAAUAACUUCUUCUUCUCUUUUCAGAUACCAUUCCAUCACUUGUCUUCCUUAUUCCAUUAAUCCUUCUACCUGAUCAUAAACAUAUAAAUUCAUGCUUCUGUAAAAGCUCCAUAAUGCAGCAGAAAGAAAAAGAGGAGAUUAGAAUAUAUUCAUGGCAACUUGGUCUGGGACGAUAAGUACGUGCUGGGGGAGGAUGGGACGGUGCAGUUCCUGGAAAUGACGCCAUGCCAGAGCACCCGAGAGCGUGGCAGCUCUGCUCCAGCAGGGCUCAACAGCUGCCCUCGCAGCUUGUCCACCCCAGCCAAUAAGAAACAAUUCUCCCUUCAAGUGUUGCUGAUGUUAUCCUCUGACGAGAACAAGCAGGCAGAGCCGGCUGCCCCGGAAUCCAAAUCAGGAAAACACAAACCUUAGUUGGCUGGAGAUUGUGCUGUGCAUGUGCUUGUGCCUGCCUGUUGGCUGCUGCUUCCAUUCAUUAUUUCCUUCACCAUUUAUUUUCUUUGGAAACAAAUAAUCGAAAUUAUUCCUUUCAGUAGAAAAUAAAGUUGAUUCUCAAAA